GUGCUGUUUUUCAUAAUCAGGGAAGAGGGCAUUUCCUACUUCCCCAGCGUUGGGUAACAGUUUCUUCACAGUAAAGUCUUAAUCCUUAAAAGGUGCUCUGUGACCCAUAUCCGUUUUCCAAGUGUUGGUUAUCUUUCCCUUCAUGGAACCUUGUUCCUAAAGAGGACGAGCUGCCAAACUAAGGCCGUCGCUGUGCUUUGAAAAAUACAGCAGAGGUUUUUUUCGACUCGGUUUCCUGAAAAUUUUAAGGAAGCCAAGCCAGCGUCUGUGCCAGGAGCUUGUGACCUGACACCCACCUCUUCCCCUCCUUUAAUGUCCCCUUGAUUGGAGGUGGCCAAAGGGGACUUUGGAGGCUCGCCCAAACCUUUAGCUCAGAUUCCCCACCUCCAUGCCAGACAGCAAUCCCAUCUCACACUCCUCCAUUCCUCAUACACACACCUCUCAUAGGUCAUCCUCGGCGUGCAGCCGGGAGGGGAAAGAAAACGUGAGCUAACGCAACAGGUUCCACCCACAGCCUGAACUUACAAGGGGAGACGGUCAGGCGACUGGAACUGGGCGGUGGAGGGAGAGGAAGCGGCGAGGAGGAAGGUGGAAGGGAAAUGAUGGUGCAUGACCACCAAGCACACGUCACUCGGACUCCCACAUGGGCUUGUGAUUACCGAGAGGAUGGGAUGGAUCUAGGCAGUGACGCCGGCAGCAGCAGCAGCAGUAGCCGCGCCAGUUCGCAGUCCAACUCCACCAAAGUGACCCCUUGCUCAGAGUGCAAAUCCUCGUCGUCGCCGGGGGGCAGCCUGGACUUGGUGUCUGCCCUGGAGGACUAUGAGGCUCCCUUCCCGGUCUACCAGAAGAAGGUGAUUGAUGAGUGGGCGCCGGAGGAGGACGGCGAGAAGGAAGAGGAGGAGGAGCGCAGCGGGCGAGGGUACCGGCAUGACCGCUGUCCUGCCCAGGAGCCGGGGGACGUGAGCGCCAGGACCCGCAGCGGCGGCGGCAGGGGCGCCACCACCGCCAUGCCGCCCCCCGUGCCCAACGGCAACCUCCACCCGCACGACCCCCAGGACCUCAGGCACAAUGGCAACGUGGUGGUGGCCAGCCGGCCGAGCGGCUCCCGGGGCCCCCGCCGGGCGGUCCAGAAGCCUCAGCCGGCGGGGGGCCGGCGCGGUGGCCGGGGCCCGGCGGCCGGGGGCAUCUGUCUUCAACCCACGGACAGCGGGACGUGCGUCCCGGAAGAGCCCCCGGUGCCCCCUAUGGACUGGGAGGCUCUGGAGAAGCAUCUGGCUGGGCUGCAGUUCCGGGAGCAGGAGGUGCGGAACCAGGGCCAGGCGAGGACCAACUCCACCUCGGCACAGAAAAAUGAAAGAGAAUCUAUCCGACAGAAGUUGGCACUUGGAAGCUUCUUUGAUGAUGGCCCGGGAAUUUAUACCAGCUGUAGCAAAAGUGGGAAGCCAAGCCUUUCCUCCCGCCUGCAGAGUGGGAUGAACCUGCAGAUAUGCUUUGUCAACGACAGCGGCAGCGAUAAGGACAGCGAUGCUGAUGACAGCAAGACCGAAACGAGCUUGGACACCCCCUUGUCUCCCAUGAGCAAACAGAGUUCUUCCUAUUCCGAUAGAGACACUACUGAAGAGGAAUCCGAAUCCCUGGAUGACAUGGAUUUCCUCACAAGGCAAAAGAAAUUGCAAGCCGAAGCCAAAAUGGCCCUUGCCAUGGCCAAACCAAUGGCCAAAAUGCAAGUAGAAGUGGAAAAACAGAACAGGAAAAAGUCUCCCGUCGCUGAUCUUCUGCCACACAUGCCUCAUAUAAGUGAAUGCUUGAUGAAAAGAAGUUUAAAGCCCACUGACCUGAGAGACAUGACUAUUGGGCAGCUACAAGUGAUAGUCAAUGAUCUCCAUUCCCAGAUAGAAAGCUUGAAUGAAGAGCUGGUCCAGCUGCUACUAACCCGAGAUGAGCUGCACACAGAGCAAGAUGCCAUGCUUGUGGACAUCGAGGACUUGACCAGACACGCUGAGAGUCAGCAGAAGCACAUGGCCGAGAAAAUGCCUGCAAAGUGAAAAGAAGCCAUCCAACCAGAGGACAAGCUAGAAUUUAUUUUGCUUCUGUGGUUGUAAAAACGCUGUUGCUAAAGGUGGCAUAGAAACAAACAAAUAUCAGUGUUAGUCAUCGAUAAUGUCUGAAGCUUAAUGUCCAGUGAUUGGCCUUUGCUUCUUAAUUUAUUUUAAUUUUUUUACUGUGCCACUAAAUAUCAGGCAUUUUAAUAAAAUAUUGUUACAAAAAAUGUACAGUACUUACACCAUCACAAAUCAUGGUUAAUCAAAGAGGGUAGUUUUAACUUUAUUUUUAUUUGUUUAGAGAUUCUGAGUUGGAGCAGUAUUUUACCAUUGACUGCUUUCAUUCUUCACUGUAGUUUUAAAGAAGAACUGUAAAUGAUGGUGCUAUCCAAGUCAAAAAAUACAUGCCUGCCUCGUAGUGAACUUGUAGGUCUCCGUAAUAUGUAUAUUUUAAUCAGUUUUCAACAUUUUGUGAAUGUUGACUACCUGAAGUUCAUUUUUAGAUGUGCUAUUAACAUUCUGUUGGAUUCAGAGGGUUCCUUAAAAGUUUUAUGUAUAAAUAUGUAAAAUAAAAAUGAAAACUUUGUUUCA